AUGAGGGAAGAGGACAAGGACAAGGACAAGGAAAAAAAGGACAAGGAAAAGGAGGGCACGGACGUGUCUCACCAAGGCACCAGCGGCGAGCAGCAGACCAGCGGCCAGAGUGGUGGCGGCCAAGGCAGCAACACGAGUUACCAAAACAGCAACGGCAAUGGCAGUGCCGGUGACCAGGGCGGCGGCGGCGGUGCCAGUGAGCAGGGCGGCAGCAGCCCUGGUACCCAGGGCAACAACGAGACCCAGGGCAACAACAGCCAGAACCAGAGAGACAACCAGGAGAGCAACAACAAGAACAAGGAUGGCAACGAGGAUGGCAACAACGGGACCCAGAGCAACAACCAGGACAGCAGCAGCACGGACCAGGGCAGCAACGGCACCAGCAGCAGCACGGACCAGGGCAGCAACGGCGCCAGCAGCAGCAAGACCCAGACCAACGCAAGGACAAGAACCAUGGUGGGUGACAACGGGGACAGCAACAACGUGGACCAGGGUAAGAAGAACCAGGACAGCAACAACAGCCAGGACCAGGGCAACAACGUGGGCAGCAAAGACACAAACCAGGGCAGCAACACCGAGAACCAGGACAGGAACACAGAGAACCAGGGCAGUAACGGCGAUAACCGGUCCAACAGCCAGGGCAAUCAAAUGAGCUCACCCACAAAUCAAAACGUAUCACCACAAUUAACUUCCUCCACUGCCUCCACUGCUGAGGGCGACAGCGGUUUAGGCGAUGGAGAAAGCCCUGGAGAGGAAGAAGAUGGGGCUGAAGAAGGCAACGAUGCCUCCUCCUUCAAUAAGGAGAGAGAGAAGAGCAUUCCUUCUCCCCCCAGGGGCCAGUCGGAGAGCAGCCACUUCUUCGCCUAUCUGGUGACCACGGCCAUCAUCGUUGCUGCCUUAUACGUAGCAUAUCACAACAAACGCAAGAUCAUUGCUUUUGCUCUGGAAGGGAAAAGAUCGAAAAGUGGUCGACGGCCCAAAUCUGGCGAUUAUCAGAGACUGGAUCAAAAGAUCUAG